GCCUGCUCUGCCGGGAGGCGGGCGAGCCCGCGGGGGUCCCUCCAAGAUGGCGGCGCAGAGGAGGAGCCUGCUGCAGAGUGAGCAGCAGCCAAGCUGGACGGACGACCUGCCUCUCUGCCACCUCUCUGGGGUUGGCUCAGCCUCCAACCGCAGCUACUCUGCUGAUGGCAAGGGCACCGAGAGCCACCCACCAGAGGACAACUGGCUCAAGUUCAGGAGUGAGAACAACUGCUUCCUGUACGGGGUCUUCAAUGGCUACGAUGGCAACCGGGUGACCAACUUCGUGGCCCAGCGGCUGUCGGCGGAGCUCCUGCUGGGCCAGCUCAGCGCGGAGCACACUGAGGCCGACGUGCGGCGGGUGCUGCUGCAGGCCUUCGAUGUGGUGGAGAGGAGCUUCCUGGAGUCCAUCGAUGACGCAUUGGCAGAGAAGGCAAGCCUCCAGUCCCAGCUGCCUGAGGGUGUCCCUCAGCACCAGCUGCUUCCUCAGUAUCAGAAGAUCCUCGAAAGACUCAAGACAUUGGAGAAGGAGAUUUCAGGAGGAGCUAUGGCCGUCGUGGCGGUCCUUCUCAACAACAGGCUCUAUGUCGCCAAUGUCGGUACGAACCGUGCGCUUUUAUGCAAAUCCACAGUGGAUGGUCUGCAGGUGACACAGCUGAACGUGGACCACACCACAGAGAAUGAGGAUGAGCUCUUCCGGCUCUCACAGCUGGGUUUGGAUGCAGGAAAGAUCAAGCAAGUGGGGGUCAUCUGUGGGCAGGAGAGCACCAGGCGCAUCGGGGAUUACAAGGUCAAAUACGGCUACACUGACAUCGACCUACUCAGUGCUGCCAAGUCGAAGCCCAUCAUUGCGGAGCCCGAGAUCCACGGUGCGCAGCCCCUGGAUGGGGUGACUGGCUUCCUGGUGCUGAUGUCCGAGGGGCUGUACAAGGCCCUGGAGGCAGCCCACGGGCCUGGGCAGGCCAACCAGGAGAUCGCCGCCAUGAUUGACACGGAGUUCGCCAAGCAGACUUCCCUGGAUGCGGUGGCCCAGGCCGUGGUGGACCGGGUGAAGCGUAUCCACAGUGACACCUUCGCCAGUGGCGGGGAGCGUGCCAAGUUCUGCCCAAGGCACGAGGACAUGACCUUGCUGGUGCGGAACUUUGGCUACCCCCUGGGCGAGAUGAGCCAGCCCGCACCCUCACCGGCCCCAGCCGCAGGAGGACGUGUGUACCCCGUAUCCGUGCCUUACUCAAGCGCCCAGAGCACCAGCAAGACCAGCGUGACCCUGUCCCUCGUCAUGCCCUCCCAGGGCCAGCUGGUCAACGGGGCCCACAGUGCUUCCACCCUGGACGAAGCCACUCCCACCCUCACCAACCAGAGCCCGACCUUGACCCUGCAGUCCACCAACACGCACACCCAGAGCAGCAGCUCCAGCUCGGACGGCGGCCUCUUCCGCUCCCGGCCCGCCCACUCCCUCCCACCUGGCGAGGAUGGCCGCGUCGAUCCCUACGUGGACUUUGCGGAGUUCUACCGCCUCUGGAGCGUGGACCACGGCGAGCAGAGUGCGGUGACGGCUCCGUAGCCCGGCCGCGGAGUGCAGCCCGGGCAGGACCUUGCCUGGGGACCACGCCCAGCUCCAGGCAGGAUGGGCCUUUUCCUGCCGUUUGCUUGGGCCGCAGGGGCUGGGGGCCCAGUCCUCAGCCUGCAUCAUGCUCUUACCCCACAGCCUGCAGUGCUGUAGAGAGUGUUCUCUCAGAUUGCACCAUCACAGACCGGACCCUUGUCGUGGCAGCUGCACGGGGGCCUGGAGGCCGUUCGUUGGGCAGCCUCAGCCAGGACCAUCGCCGUUUCUCAGAACGGGGUCACCGUGCAGCAGACCAACGAGCCCGCUGAGCGGGGCCCUGCAUGCCACAGGCCGGCAGCCACCGCUUUCUCAAGGCCACCCCCUCCCACCACCACCUCCCCCGGAAGAGCCUGUGGUCACUGCUAGUGCCCCCCUCACUACUGGGGUGUGGUUCCCACCUUCCUUCUCCGGCCUCCAGAGUGGAACCCCAGUUGGCGUCUCUGCCUUCGAGGCCUGCACCCAUCCCUGGUCCCCGUCCCUGGGCCUGCCUGGGCUCAGGGGGACUGGGAUGGCUGCAAAGGGGGCAGUCAGGUGGAAAGGAAUAGGAGGGAACUGAUCCAAGAGGAGCACUGGUCCCGGAGCCCACUGGUCCCGGAGCCCGGAGUGGGUAGGCUGGGCCGGGCUGGCUCCCCAGAGCCGUGUGGAGAGGUGAGGAUGUGCCCGGACUGAGCGAGCCAGUGACUGCUCUUGUCAGGCCCCUCCAGGAGUGGGGAGGCCCUGAAUCGGGGUGAGCUGGCCCUGCUCUUUUUCCCUCCGGGAGCUGGGGAGCGCCCCAGGUUGGGGAGCCAUUAAGAUUGCCAUCUUUACCACUGACUGCAAGUGUCUGCCAGACAGUCAGGUCUUAGGUCAGGCCCAGGGGCUCAGUGGAAACAGAGAACAGUGGAAAAUGGUUCCAAAAGGGAAGAGGUUCUUGGGAGACCAGCUGCUCUGGGCGGUCGAGGGCUUUGGAGACGUGCACUGUUUUUACAGACACUUAGGGGCAGGAUCGGGCCAUCCCAGGCCCAGAGUUAGACCAUUUCAUGCAUGUCCUCUGCCUUCAGUGGGGAGGGGGUGCCAGCAGGGCUGUCAGCUGGAGUUGCCCUUUGUGUUUUCAGCGGGGGAAGCAGGCCCAGGAGACUCACCUGGUGAGUCGGUGGUGGAGCAGAACUCAAACCUGUGCGUCAGCCUCUGAGGCCCCCCUGGAUUCUUGCCGUAGCCUCUGCCCCGUGAUGCCCCAGGCGCCGCUCAGCAGGAACUGGCCGCUGUGAGGCCUCCAGCGUGCUUGGACUCUGAAAAGUCAAAGGCCAGUUGCAAGGUCCCCUGUUGGCUCUGUGGUCCAGGAGUACGUUUCCCUGUGGCAGGGCAGGGCCCAGUGUGGCCCCGGUUUCCAAAGGGAGCUGUGGCGUGAGCAGAGGAAAAGCAGAUCUCAGCAGAGGGCCCUAACCCCCUCCACUACGAAGCCAUCUCUGUUGUGCAGGUGAGCAGAUUUAAAAUCAGUCACAAAGGGAAUUCUCUUCUGAGAAUGUCUCUGUGAUGCUGUUUGGUCUCUAGAAAUAGUAUCACUUUUUUACUGCAGUAAAGAAAUAAUAAA